AUGUCUUCUGAAGUCCACGUUGUUGCUAUUAUUACUCCCGCUCCGGGAAAGGAGACUCGAGUCAGAGAACUCCUCUCCGGACUUGCAGAUAAUGUUAAGAAACACGAAACCGACGUGUCAAAGUACCAAUUGUUCGAGCAGUAUGAUGGACAAGGUGGUAACGUCUUUGUUGUAGAAGAGAUUUACAAGGACAAAUCGACCUACGAUGCUCAUUUCAAGACCGAGUAUUUCCAGAAAUUGGGCGAGAUCUUUCCAAAAGAGGGGGUACUUGCUGCACCUUUGGAUAUCAAGACUAUCAAACCUGUUGGAGGAUUUGCAACGAGAUAG